UUCUUUCUCUCUAGCCAUAACCAACAGACCACAGCAUUCAGGCACCCUGUGAGUGGGCAGUUUUCUCCAGAAAAUAGCGAAUUUAUUCUUCAAGAAGAGCCACAUCCACAUAUGUCGAAGCAAGAGAGAAACCAAAGACCGUCCAGCAUGGUCAGUGAAACAUCCACAGCUGGAACCACGUCGACCGUGGAGGCCAAACCUGGCCCCAAGAUCAUGAAGUCCAGCAAUAAAGUCCACAGCUUUGGGAAGAGGGACCAGGCCAUCCGGAGGAACCCCAAUGUUCCGGUGGUGGUGAGGGGGUGGCUGCACAAGCAGGACAGUUCUGGGAUGAGGCUGUGGAAAAGGAGGUGGUUUGUGCUUGCCGAUUAUUGCUUGUUUUACUAUAAAGACAGCCGAGAAGAAGCUGUCCUUGGGAGCAUCCCUCUGCCCAGCUAUGUGAUCUCGCCUGUGGCCCCUGAGGACCGUAUAAGUCGCAAGUAUUCCUUUAAGGCUGUGCACACGGGGAUGCGAGCACUCAUCUAUAAUAGCUCCACAGGGGGUUCUCAGGCCGAGCAGUCAGGCAUGAGGACCUAUUACUUCAGUGCCGACACCCAGGAGGACAUGAAUGCUUGGGUCCGGGCCAUGAACCAGGCCGCACAGGUGCUGUCUCGAUCAUCACUAAAGAGGGACAUGGAGAAGGUGGAGCGGCAGGCGGUCCCCCAGGCCAAUCACACAGAGUCCUGUCGAGAGUGUGGCCGUGUGGGACCUGGACAUGCAAGGGAUUGUCCUCACCGCAGCCAUGAGGAUUCCUUUGGCUUCGAGAGGCGGGAGCAAGAGGAAGAACGUUACCGUUCCCAGAGGGACCCACUGGAGGGCAAGCGGGACAGGAGCAAGGCCAGGUCCCCGUACUCACCAGCUGAGGAGGAUGCCUUGUUCGUGGAUUUACCUGGUGGCCUGAGAGGCCAGCAAGCACAGCCCCAGCGGGCAGAGAAGAACGGAGUGCUGCCCACCACAUAUGGCCCAGGAGAGCAGAAUGGGACCAGCGGGUAUCAGCGGGCCUUUCCUCCCAGGAACAACCCUGAAAAGCACAGCCAGAGGAAGAGCAGCCUGGCCCAGGUGGAGCACUGGGCAAAAGCCCAGAAGGGGGACGGCAGGAGCCUGCCGCCGGACCAGACCCUUCCCCGCCAGGGCCCCAGCCAGUCCCUGUCCUUCCCGGAAAACUACCAGACCCUUCCUAAGAGUACCCGACACCCCUCAGGGGGCUCCUCGCCCCCUCCCCGCAACCUGCCGAGUGACUACAAGUAUGCGCAGGACCGAGCCAGCCACCUGAAGAUGUCAAGCGAGGAGCGCAGGGCACACCGGGACGGCACCGUGUGGCAGCUCUACGAGUGGCAGCAGCGCCAGCAGUUCCGGCACGGCAGCCCCACGGCGCCCAUCUGUGCUGGCUCGCCAGAGUUCCCUGACCAGGGCCGGAGCAGGAGCAUGCUGGAGGUGCCCCGCUCCAUCUCUGUGCCUCCGUCUCCCUCGGACAUCCCUCCUCCGGGCCCCCCGAGGGCCUUCCCACCCAGGCGGCCACACACGCCGGCAGAGAGGGUCACCGUGAAGCCGCCGGACCAGCGGAGGAGUGUGGACAUCUCGCUGGGGGGUUCUCCCAGCAAGGCCCGGGGCCACACCACCAAGAACUCUUCUCAUGUGGACCGACGCUCCAUGCCCUCCAUGGGCUACAUGACCCACACUGUCAGCGCUCCCAGUUUACAUGGAAAAUCGGCUGACGACACCUACCUCCAGCUGAAGAAAGACCUGGAGUACCUGGACCUAAAGAUGACAGGCAGGGAUCUCGUCAAGGAUCGAAGUCUGAAGCCAGUGAAGAUCGCAGAGAGUGAUAUUGACGUCAAACUGAGCAUCUUCUGUGAACAAGACAGGAUCCUCCAGGACUUGGAAGACAAGAUCCGAGCCCUCAAGGAGAACAAAGACCAGCUAGAGUCCGUCCUGGAGGUAUUGCACAGACAGAUGGAGCAGUACCGAGACCAGCCCCAGCACCUGGAGAAGAUUGCUUACCAGCAGAGGUUGCUGCAGGAGGACCUUGUCCACAUCCGGGCGGAGAUCUCCAGAGAGUCCACUGAGAUGGAAAAUGCCUGGAAUGAAUACCUGAAGUUAGAGAGUGAUGUGGAGCAGCUGAAGCAGACCCUGCAAGAACAACACAGAAGAGCCUUUUUUUUCCAGGAGAAAUCGCAGAUACAGAAGGAUCUCUGGAGGAUUGAAGACGUCAUUGCAGGCCUGAGUGCAAAUAAAGAGAACUUUAGAAUCCUGGUGGAAUCAGUCAAAAAUCCAGAAAGAAAAACGGUGCCUUUGUUUCCUCAUCCGCCUGUGCCUUCACUCUCAACUUCUGAGAGCAAGCCACCCCCACAGUCCAGCCCUCCCACCAGCCCCGUGCGGACCCCUCUGGAGGUUCGACUCUUCCCCCAGCUGCAAACCUAUGUGCCGUACCGACCUCAUCCACCCCAGCUGAGGAAAGUGACAUCCCCUCUUCAGUCACCAACCAAGAUGAAGCCCAAAGUUGAAGACGAGGCACCUCCCAGGCCCCCACUCCCCGAGCUCUACAGUCCAGAGGACCAGCCCCCGGCCGUGCCACCUCUGCCAAAGGAGGCCACCAUCAUCCGGCACACUUCAGUGAGGGGCCUUAAGCGGCAGUCGGAUGAGAGGAAGCGAGACCGGGAGCAGGGGCUGUGUGUGAAUGGGGACUCCAGGGUAGAGCUCCGGUCGUACGUUAGUGAACCCGAGCUGGCGACUUUCAGUGGGGACAUGGCCCAGCCCUCCCUGGGACUUGUGGGCCCUGACAGCAGGUACCAGACCCUGCCAGGCAGAGGCCUCUCAGGGUCCACGUCAAGGCUCCAGCAGUCGUCCACCAUUGCUCCCUACGUCACACUCCGGAGGGGUCUCAAUGCCGAAAGCAGCAAGGUGACCUUCCCUAGACCCAAGAGUGCCUUGGAGCGUCUGUACUCAGGGGACCAUCAGCGGGGCAAGAUGAGUGCGGAGGAGCAGCUGGAGCGCAUGAAGCGGCACCAGAAGGCCCUGGUCCGGGAGCGCAAGAGGACGCUGAGCCAAGGAGAGAGGACGGGCCUGCCCUCGUCCCGCUACCUCAGCCAACCUCUCCCCGGAGAUCUCGGCUCAUGGAAGCGUGAGCAGGACUUUGACCUGCAGUUGCUGGAACGGGCCAUGCAAGGGGAAAGAAAGGACAAGGAGGAGAAUGGCUGGUUGAAAGUACAGGCCAUGCCAGUCACUGAGUUGGACCUGGAACCUCAAGACUAUGACUUGGACAUCAGCAGAGAGCUGUCCAAACCAGAGAAGGUCUCCAUCCCCGAGCGUUACGUGGAGCUGGACCCUGAGGAGCCGCCCAGCCUUGAGGAGCUGCAGGCGCGGUAUCGCAAAGCCGAGAAGAUCCGCAACAUCCUUGCUCGCUCCAGCAUGUGCAACCUGCAGCCGACAUCAGGCCAGGACCGGAACAGCGUGGCCGACCUGGACUCACAGCUGCAGGAGCAGGAGCGCAUCAUCAACAUCUCCUACGCUCUGGCCUCCGAGGCCUCCCAGCGCAGCAAGCAGGUGGCAGCCCAGGCAGUGACUGACCCGUGACCCAACGUGCAAAGGAGAAGUCUGAAGCCAGGGGCCCAGUGGAACCAGUUUCCUCCGAGAAGACUGAUCUUCCUUCCCCCAAGGAAACCCCUUCCAGCUCAGCAGGGGUUCUGGCUGGAGGAAGGAGCAGCCACAACUUCACUAUAGGGCUGGGUCCUAACCACCACCACCACCCCCGCCCCCCCACCAACUAGUUCAGACUCCUUUUUACAUAUGACAAAGGCACUUUUGAUACACACUGUAAAAUACUGAUGCUGUAUUUUAGAAUCAGAAUAUAUUUUCUAAUGUUCACCUCAAGGGCUGAGUGGCUGGAAAGGUGAGGAUGCAGGAUUUUGGAGCUGCACAUACAGAUUCAGGUACCAUUUGGGUGGUAGGUAUGGGUAGGGGAGAAGGGCGGGCGGGCAGAGGCCAGUCCAGUAUCCAGUGAACUCAGGUGAAGGUUGCAUUUGAAAUGUGCUUCCAGGGGAGCCCAGUGUUAGGCUUGUUGGCAUGUUAUCUGGGGGAAGAGGGGCCCUUAGCUGCAGAGGUCAGCUGCCCCUGACCUGGCCUGGUGACCAGCUCUGGAGGAGGAGAUUCCACCAGGGUGGCAUGUGGAGCCCAAGUCCAUACCUUGGCCCUUGGGUUUGGUUUAGGGGCAAUAGUGUAUUCAAGAGGUUUGGUUCCAGACCUGUCCAUGGGUUCUCUCAGCAAAGGGCUCUUCUUGGGAAAAACAGAACAGUUUGCUUUAAUUAAAAACAAAAAUUUAUAUAUAUAUAUAUAUAUAUAUAUAUAUACACACACACACACACACACACACACACACACACACACCUUGAAAUACAGAAAAGGUGAGAGGAAGCACCUUUUAUUGUAUCAUAAGCAAUAAACUUCACACUGGGUGGCGUCUACCUAAAACUCCCUGACUCCACGCUGGGCUGUGAUAGGGCUUUGUUGCCUUCCCUGGAGAACCUAGAUCAGCUUCCCCAGGACGUGGGUCUGGUGGCCAGAGGGCAGGCAGUGUGCCCCCACCAUCCCUGAAGGCCAGCAGCAGGACUUUGACUUGACUUCCAGCCUCUAGUGAGGCUGUGCCAAGCCAGGCACAGUGUUUGUGGCCCUUUAUUUAAAUCAUGAGCUCAUGAUAUUCUGCAUACAGAAAAUGAUGUUUAAAGGAAAAAAAAAAAACUCCAUUGGGUGGGGCCACACUUUAAAUGAAAAUUUGUCUUUGACUGUGGUCAGAAAAAAAAAAAUCUUAACUAUAUUUAGAAAUUGCCGUCUAUUUUUAACUAACUCCAUAUGCUGCCAGUAUCAACUUCGUGACAUUUGCCAAAAUAAGAUUUUAUUUUUGCCUUUAUAAGAUUUUGUUGGAAAAAUGAAAUUAAUAUUUUGCAAGAAAAAAGUUAAUUUAAAUAAAGGUGUAAUGGUUUGCAAAAAAAAAAUGGCGAUGAACAGAUUAAAAUAUUAACCCGAUAUGCUUCCUGCUUCUUGCUGGCUAUAUAUUCUCAUGGGUGGCCUGUGUUAGUUUUUUUCCAUUUCUUUGGAAAAUCCCCAGUGUCAGCUCUCGAUCCUGCUUGUGUGACCUAUGAAAAGUUUCUCCUGCUGACAGUUCCUUGACACUUGAUUGACUUUGGAGGCCCCGGGGGGAAGAAGGCCUGUGUUUGGGGCCCUUGGCUGGGCUUCAGCAGCUGCUCACAGUGGCCUUCCACCCAACCCUGGUCGAGGGGCUGCAGGGCUGUGGACUCCCAUGUGGGGUUGGUUUGGCAAUCCAAGAUAGCAGGAGCGACGCCAUGGGCCCCUUUCCAAACCACACGCCUCCAGCUCCUUCCAGUGAGGCGGGUUAGUGACGGACCAUUGCAAACUGGAUUUGUAUUUAAUUCGUUCUGACUUGUGAUGUAGGCUUAAAACAGAAGCCAAGGGGCCAGUUCAGUUUAGGGAUGUGUGUGUUUCCAAGUUUGCUGUUAUGGCAGUUUUUCUCUAUUGCCAAAGAAGAGCACCCAAGGUUUAGAGUGACUUUCCAACUAUUUAAACUGGGGAAAAUAGAUUCCAAAGCCCUCUGAACAGAGGACACUGCUGCUUUUUAGCUGCUGAUCUCUUUUUGAAUUUUAAAAUAAAAAAUACUCUGGUUUUGAGCAUUACUUAGAGAUAUCCCCAUAACAGAGGAAAGAGGUUGGGCAGGGGAGGGGGAGGUGGUCGGGAGAGUGGAGAUUCCUCAAUAACUGAGUGCAAAAGUUAAAA